ACGAUUUAAUACCUAAAAUUAGUUGGAGGUAAUAAAUGUUAUAUAUAAUAUAUAAUCAACGCUUUUUAAAAUUGAAAUUGUUAAUAUUUUCUGUAUUCAAGAAUUACUUGUUAACAAAAGCAGCCAAUUUCAAGACAUAAAGUUGGAGAAAGAAAGAAAUUGAAAAAAUAAUUAAAAAUCACUGUAGCAGAUCUCGUUGUUUUAACGCUAUAUCCCCGUGUCUCUCUGGCUUAGCUCAGCUUGAGUCAAAUACUUUCUUGGCCUUCAUUUGUUUUCCUCUAAAAGGAACAACAGAGAAGAAAACUUCAUCAAACAAGGAAAAAACUUAAAAAGUAAAACAAUUGAGAGAAGAUGUCCUGGCAAGCGUAUGUAGAUGAUCACUUGAUGUGUGAUAUUGAGGGCAACCAUCUCUCUGCCGCCGCUAUCAUUGGCCAAGACGGCAGCGUUUGGGCCCAGAGCUCCAAUUUCCCUCAGUUCAAGCCAGAAGAAAUCACUGGCAUCAUGAAUGACUUUUCUGAACCUGGAUCGCUUGCUCCGACUGGAUUGUACCUUGGUGGCACAAAAUACAUGGUGAUCCAAGGUGAACCCGGAGCUGUUAUUCGAGGGAAAAAGGGCCCCGGAGGUGUUACUGUUAAAAAGACCAACCUGGCCUUGAUCAUUGGGAUCUAUGACGAGCCAAUGACUCCAGGUCAGUGCAACAUGAUUGUGGAAAGGCUUGGUGAUUAUCUCAUAGACCAGGGUCUUUGAUCACUUUGGUGUAACCUUAAUUGUUGCAAUUCUUCCUGGCUUCUUCUAUACAAAAGUGCAUCUACCACCACCUCUUGUAAUGGUUGGCUGCAAUUAAAUAAUAGUAUUACUAGUAUUAAAGUCGUCGGGAACCUUUUCCAGAAACAAUAGGCUUGGUGUUUGUAAUAGUGAUAAUGCUUGUGAUCCUUUUGCUUUGUUUCUGUGCUUGCUUGAUGGAUGGUAUUGUCAAGAUUGUGGAGUGAGGUACUUUGUCUAAAUUUUACAAUGAAUUGUUCUAGUUGAUUUGGUAAA